CCGCAUGUUAGAUGAAUGGGUUACAAAACGGAGCAUUGCUCCCUCAAAAAGCACCGCACAUCUACCGACAUUCCCGUCAACCUGACCGUAUUUUUUUCAGAGUAUCCGAAUGCCCACUAUGACAAACCUUCUCCGGCUAUUUCGUGACAUACUUUCUAAACCUCGCGAUAAUAAUGACAGGGACACAGCUCUCCAUGAUAACCUCUCAAAGGUAGAGAAUUCUAGUCAGGAUCGGACGUUCACACAUGGCUAUGCUCGCGCCUCGGUAAGCAUCGAUUUGUGGAUACUCCAGCAUCGACUCUACAAUUUGUGUUAGUAUUUUGACAAAAGACUCGAAGAAUUGCGGGAAGAGAUCAAUCGUUUGAAAAAAAUUGAAAAGGAGCUGGCAAGCGAAUAUGGGAUGAGUAGCGACCCCAUCGAUCCUGUGGAGGUUAGAGAACGGGCAAGAGAGAAGGCGAAAGGCGGUGACACCAACUCAUGUUCGGAUUUCGACGCGCUCCACAACCUCUAUCAUUCUCGUAAAGAAUACGCUGAGAGGAUGCCGAGGCCUCCUAAAUUGCAUGCUCCUUUGCUCCCAAUUCAAAGUCUUCACGUUGAUGCCUCCCGAUUCUGGGCUGUUAUAAUUGGCAUCGACGGGUAUCCAUCUCAUAAUAAAUUACUAGGCUGCGUGUCAGACGCUAUCAAAAUGGGGACGUUCUUGUAUGAAGAUUUGGGUGUCCCAAAAGACCGAAUCGAGUGCCUUAUCGAUGGCACGCACACACUAGAAUUCUGUAGCAAAACCUACCAUCCAUCUCGUGCCAACAUUCUCAUGACACUGUUUGGUCUCAUCGACAACCCCGAGAUACAGAAAGAUGAAAAUAUAAUCAUCUACUUCGCUGGCCACGGCGCAGCUUAUCGUGCUGAAGGGAUCAAUGGUGUAGAGGCUAUCGAGGCCCUCUGUCCUAUUGACCGUGGUUCCCGUGACGCAGACGGUAUGCUGAUCGCCGACAUCAGCGAUCGCCAGAUCAACACCAUCCUCACCCAGAUAUCCCAUGCCAAAGGACGUAGAAUUACCCUCAUCCUGGAUUGUUGCCAUGCAGGCAGCGUCACCAGAGCUCCCCCAGGUGGAAGAGUACGCGCUUCCAGGCCUCUUCAGGACAGUGACGUGUCGCUGCAAGACAUGCUUGUUGCUGCAGAUGCGGAAUUGAUGUCGAAACACUUCCCUGGUUACCGAUCUAUCUUGUCGAAGGAAUGGUUCCCAGAUAUGGAUUCCCAUGUAGCUCUGGCUGCCUGUGAGGCAUUCCAGAUAGCAAUAGAGGUAAAGGGGCAGGGGAAGGAAACUGGUGGCUAUUUCACGACGCAUCUUCUCGCUGCUUUGAGAUCCGGCUGUUUGACAAGGGAGACGACCUAUCGCGGCCUACUCGAAUUCAUUCCCGUCUCUGACAGGCAGACACCGGUUGUUGCUGGGACACAAAUGGAUGCACUUCUCUGGUUUCAGUAGUGAUGGAGACGUUGUUUUGCUAAGUGCUAUGUAAUACCCAACUGUACUAUUUCACUUUGAAUUUUUCGAAUAGGACCGA